CGAGGCCGCGCUGACAUGUGUGUGUGUCUUCUCUCUGGCGCGCGCCCGUUUGUGUGUGUGUGUGUGUGUGUGUGAGGCUGCGGGCGGUGAGUGCUGUCGUUGGUGGAGUAUUGAGCUCCCGUCUGACCUACUUUCCUACUUCGCAUCAGCUCAGCGCUGUUUACCGGCGCUCAUACGCGGAGGAUAAGGACCCGGUAAACGAAGAAAACCGAGGAAAAACGCCGAGUCGCGGAUUCUUCGUUGUCGCAUCAUCCUGGGAUACUUCCGUCAGCAUCUUUUAUGCGUUUUUAUCGGAGUGUCCUACAUCAGAGCGGCUCUUUUUUGGGUUGUUUAUGGUGAAGGCGAGUUCACUGGUGGCGAGGCGCGGACGAGGGCAAAAGUAAACUGUGAACCUGUAAUUCCUGACACACGAUUCUGCUGUUUCCAUCACUGUCUACAGGAAGGCAGAAAGUUCAAUGCAAAUGUACAUUAGCACUUUUGGCUGCAACUCAGGAGUCACAAUAUCUUGAUGAUAUAUGCUCGUUUUUGGUAUUUAAACUCUGGCCAGCCAUACGGACAUAACCUCAGCAUCUUAUCGGCUGCCAAUCAUCAGUAGGCCAGCAGCCAGCCAUCAGAGAUUUGUGAGUAGUGGCUAACCACUAGGAUUAGGUGGUUAGCGUGCGGCGUCUAUUAGCAUUUCUGUGGGUGUUUUGAGUGGAGAAGACGCGAAUGGGACACGCCAGCCUUCGCAGACAGCCUGAAUGGGAGAAGGAGUGAGCAUGGACAACCUUUCGGAGUUUGGGGGCCUUUGUCCGUCCAGCCGGAGGGAAUGGGACACAAGCAGUUGUGUGGAUGAUUUAAUGGACGAAGAUGAGAAGGAUAGAGCAAAAAGGGCGUCCCGGAACAAAUCAGAGAAAAAGAGGCGAGACCAGUUCAAUGUUCUCAUCAAGGAGCUGUGUACAAUGCUGCAGGGUCAAGGUCACCCCCGCAAGAUGGACAAAUCCACCAUCCUGCAGAGGACCAUCGACUUCCUGCAGAAACAGAAAGAGAUCACGGCGCAAACAGAGUCUUGUGAGGUCCGGCAGGACUGGAAGCCUUCUUUCCUCAGCAACGAGGAGUUCACCCAGUUAAUGCUGGAGGCGUUGGAUGGUUUUCUAAUAGCUCUUACCACAGAUGGGAACAUCAUAUAUGUAUCUGACAGCGUCUCGUCUCUCAUUGGCCAUCUGCCGUCAGAUAUGGUGGACCAGAACAUCCUGAACUUCCUGCCAGAGCGAGAGCACGCAGAUGUGUAUAAACUCCUGUCUUCACACAUGCUCCUGACAGAGCCUUCUACUGUAGACCUGCUCAACAGCAAUGAGACGCAUGUCGAGUUCUGCUGUCAUAUAGCGAGGGGGAACAUUGACCCGAAAGAACCGCCUACGUACGAAUAUGUCAAAUUUGUUGGAGAUUUCAAGUUUCAUAAUAAUGUGCCUCUGUCUUCAUGUAAUGGUUAUGAGCUGGCGUUUCCUCGCACGCUGCAGUCCUCAAUAGAGGAGCAGAUCUGCCUCGUGGCCACAGUCAGACUCGCAACCCCUCAGUUCCUCAAGGAUCUGUGCAACGUGGAGGAUGUGUGUGAUGAAUUCACAUCGAGACACAGUCUGGAAUGGAAAUUUCUCUUCUUAGAUCACAGGGCCUCUCCUAUCAUCGGGUACCUGCCGUUUGAGGUUUUGGGGACCUCGGGUUAUGAUUACUACCAUGUGGAUGACCUGGAGCUGAUUGCUCAGUGUCAUAAACAAUUGAUGCAGUGUGGGAAAGGAAAGUCUUGUUACUAUCGGUUCCUGACUAAAGGACAGCAGUGGAUCUGGCUGCAAACGCACUAUUACAUCACGUACCACCAGUGGAACUCCAAACCUGAGUUCAUCGUCUGCACACACAGCGUGGUCAGUUAUGCUGAAGUUCGAGCGGAGAGAAGGAGAGAGUUUGGAUUGGAGGAAAGCUCAUCAGAUAUGGCCACAUCCUCAAUCAAAGGGCAGGAGGUGUUUUUGGACAUGUGUCCCCCUCUGGAAGCUACACGGGACAGAAUCAACAGCGCUCGAUCAGUGUCAUCACAGAGCUCCAGAAAAUCAUCACACACAGCGCUAUCAGAUUCCGCAUCGAACUCAUCGGUGAGAUACACAGAAGCAUGUACGUCAUCCCGGCAGUCUGCUUCCAUCGGCCCAGAGAAGAGCUCCAACAGAAUGACACACACUGGAACAAAGACCCUGAUUCAGAGACAGAGCUCUUCAGAGCCCCCGUCACUCUCUCCGUCCUGCAGUCAGCAUUCAGCCAUGACUCAGUCUCUGUACGGGUUCCAGCAGCCUCAGUUAGGUGUCAUGCAUCAGCUGAAGGAGCAGCUGGAGGAGCGAACGCGGAUCCUACAGGCCGACAUCAAAACACAACAGCAAGAGCUGCACGACAUUAAAGAGAAGCUGCAGCUCGCCAACCUACAGAUGUUACUCCAGCAGCCGAUACAGGGAGAGUUUGCUGGCUCUGGUCCACAGCAGCAGGGUCCAGGCAGACCGGCUCAACAAAACACACACCCUAAACCUCAACACUGUGUUUCACAUUCAUCACACACACUACAGCCCAACAGCUCAUCCACUCAGGGGCAGCAGAGGCUGGUUCAGACUGGACACAUGCAGGCCGUCAGUGUUCCAAUGCAGACACACACCAGUCUGACCACACCCUUCUACAGCAACCCCAUGAUGUUCUCCCCCAACCACGGACACCGAAGCCAACAUGACACACACUGCCAAAGAAACACACACACCGACUACAGCCAGGACGGACAGCUACGGAUGCUGCUAAAUCAGCCAAUGCAAACACUUGUACAAGACAGCAAUGGGGGGCCCCAGUCUUCCCAAUGCACUUCAGCUAUUCAACAAACCAAAUAUCCUCUGGAGCAGCAGAUGAUGGCUCCUUCCUUCCCUGUGCAGCAGGUGAACUGUAACGCUGUGCUAGUCCCCUCCCCCGUCUUCACCUCACCAAUCAUGAUCCCCCAUAAUAGUUUCAUCACGCAUCAGACCACACCCACCUACACGACUCACCCGUCGGUUGCCCCACACAGCUUGCCACUACAGCAGCCUCAGCAGUUCUUUCAGAUGCAGCCUCAGGGUCUGAUUCACGGCACUCCCACUCAGGCCUUAUUCCACACCCCUAGUGUUCCACAGCAAAGCACUGUGGGAUAUGUACAGCCACAACAGCAGCAGCAGCAACAGCAGCAUCAUCACUCCCAGUCUGGCAACCUGUCAGACUACAGAAACAUGCUCCCUCGGUAGCCCCGCACCACGGGACAAGCCAAGAGGCUGCUGGGAAAGCGUGUUGAGCGUUUAGCUCUGAAAGGUAUGAUGGGAAGGGACUCUCUCGGCUCAGGGGAAGGCUCAGUCCCGAGCCAAACCAAAUCGAGAAAGCCAAAGUCCCUCAAAUUACCAUGGCAGCAUAUGAUGGUGAUAACGCCACAAGGCUCAAGGGCUCAGCCUGGCCCAGACUGCACGCAGAGGAUGCUGGGAUAUGUAGAAAGAGCCCACGGGGGCGUGACCCAGGAGACGGAGGUCACAGCAGUCGAGCACAUGCUCCGAUCGAUCGAUGGAUAAAGGACAGAAAGCCAUGGAGGCUUGUAAUGUUACAGCUGGUUGACGUUAUCUAGACUUUUCAAUAGACAAAUCAAUGAAUCAAGUAAUGCCUUGACAGAGCGUAAACUCGCUGCACGUGCUGUCGCAUGUUCUGUUCUCACACUCGUUCUACAAAAGAAAACACCCACAAACAAAUCAACUGCUUGUCAUUCAUCAUAUUUCAUGUGCUGAAGGGAAGAGCUGGGCACAGUUCGGUGAAGACCCAAAUCUAUUUCAAAAACACAUCAAUUUGGCGUCCUGUUAACGUGCGUACCAGGUUCAGUCCCCUCCUGUUGCUACGUUAACAGUAGCGUAAAGAAACUUGAAUCACAUUGUACGUUUCAAAUGUAAACGAUUUAAAAGUUGGCACUCGGGCAAAAUUUCCUGCUGUUGAGUUCAACUCAAACCCUGUUACUCUUUGUUUCUGGAUUCACUGUACUGUACAUAUAGUUCCUCCACACGAUGAGUUCUGAAUGACCAGAUUUCAAUAGUUGUAUUUCAAUUUUGGCGUCUAACCAGGAAACUCCUCAGGAGAAGGUUUUCCAAUGGUUUAGAUUUUUUUUUUUCAGACGUGCAUGUGGUCCGCAUGUCCACAGUAAAACUCCACUGAUUUGAUGUCAAUGUCAGCACAAUGGAUGUGCUGUAAUAUUUAGUUUCAGUAUUACACAGGGUUGAAACUCUGUCUAAUUAAUGCUUCAUAGAAGAGGGGCUUUGCGAUUGUUUCACGGUGAUGGGUUGAAGUGCUGCUACAGUUUAACUGUGCACAGAUGAAGAUAAAAUUAUAGGACGGCUCGAAUGACUGAAGACAAUCAUGAUGUCUGGUAUGUGAAAAUGAAAAGGUUCUGAUCUGCCUGCGUCGACUGUGUUCCACAAAUCGAAGUCAAAUAUUAGCAAUUGUUUUUCCAUUUUAUUUUAUUUUAUUUAAAAAAUCUAUUUAAUCUUUGGGGAGUUGACACAUUAGUGUCAGGCAAAGGGCAAAACUUGAUAUUCUGGAAUGUUGUGAACACUCAGACAAACACAAACAGGAAAAUAUAUAUAAAUGACAAUCAUAAAUCAUUUCUUCUUUGCUGCGCUUUCCUCUGUCCUGUCAUGCGUUGCACAUCUAAAGACUGGUGCUGAUUAUUUUAUUUGUUUUUAAACUUAGAAACUUCUGUUCAAGAAAGUCUAAAAUCAUGUGCCCUUCUGCAUGUUGUGCAAUGCAAAUCAAAAAAACAGAAUGUGUGUAAUUUUUAUUUAUCUAGGAGAUUUGUUUGGUUUCUAGUCAUGUAAGCUUUCUUGUGUUCGCAAGAAAAACUUCAUAUUAGUAAAAGCCAGUGUGCUGCUUGAAUCAAAACGAAAAGUAUUUUUGUAUGAAAUAUCCUUGACAUUCCUUCAGUCACGGAAGUGUGAAAGUCCCAGACGUGCUCAGGUGUGACGUCUUCAUGCAGACGUCUAGAGUUUGCUAAUCUUUUGAUCAAAUCAGAUGUCUUUUGCCGAUCAAACUACACUCAACGGAAGCACUCCAGAGAUUAUUUUUUACACCUUCUAAUAUCAAAUUUCCCAUUACUGAGAGCUCUUUGACGUCCCCAUUUGAACUGUUUCUCAAAGGUUUAUGAAUGGCGUAACAGCUUCUUCUCAGUGUUUUGUUCUGCCUCCCCUGAGUGCACUGGAAAAGAUGAGGAAGAUGUUUAGUGGGUUUGUGUUUUAGAUGCUGGUUAGACACAAGCAGCACAGAUUAUGACGUGUCAGUGCCUCUCGUUUAAUCACCUGCUGUUCUGAGAUUAUCAUUGGCUAACACAAAUGCUUUUUAUUUCUAUAGACAUGAGAGACACUACUAUUUUUGAGUCCGAUUUUACUUUUUUUAGGGGAGCAUUUUGGCUGGUUACUAGAUUAUCUGGUAGAAACCUAUUGAAUCAGUUACCAGUUUAGUCUAUAGAAAUUUGAUACAUGGAAAAUAUAUGCGAAUAACAUAUAUGAUAUACAAGUUCAUAUUUGGAUUUCAUAUGUCAUAUAUAUAAAAUAUAACAUGUAGGCAACAUAUAUUUCGAAACAUUUCAAAAAUGGACAUUCAUUUUUUUUUUUUUAAAUCAAUAGAAUUUCAAAUAUGCAAAUCUAUGGCUUAUAUAGAAAUGUAUAGCUAACAUUUGAACACAUAUGAAUAUAUUGAAAUUCCAAUGAUUGACAAAAAAAAUUAAACGGCCGUUUUUUCAAAUAUUUAAAAAUACAUGUUAUAUACAAUUAUGUCUAGAAAUAUUUGGACAUCGACACAAUUUUUGGCAUUUUUGGCUCUAUACACCAACACAAUAGAUCUAAAAUGAAAUGAAAAAGAUGUGCCUUAACUGCAGACUGUCAGCUUUAAUUUGAGGAUAUUUACAUCCAAAUCAGGUGAACACUGUAGGAAUUACAACAGUUUUUAUAUGUGCCUCCCACUUGUUAAGGGUCCAAAAGUACAGAAUAUUGACCAUAAAUCAAACUUACUUUUUAAUACUUGAACGCGUAGACAUCGCCAGAUGCUGGGUUUCAUCCCUGGUGAUGCUCUGCCAGGCCUCUACAGCAACUGUCUUCAGUUCCUGCUUGUUCUGGGGCAUUUUCCCUUCAGUUUUGUCUUCAGCAAGUGAAAUGCAUGCUCAAUCGGAUUCAGAUCAGGUGAUUGACUUGGUCAUUGCAUAACAUUCCACUUCUUUCCCUUAAAAAACUUUUUGGUUGCUUUUGCAUUAUGUUUUGGGUCAUUCUCCAUCUGCACUGUGAAGGACCGUCCAAUGAGUUCUGAAAUAUUUGGCUAAAUAUGAGCAGAAAAUAAUGCUUAAAACACUUCUGAAUUCAUCCUGCUGCUUUUGUCAGCAGUCACAUCAUUAAUAAAUACAAGAGAACCAGUUCCAUGGACAGCCAUACAUGCCCACGCCAUGUCACUACCAACCCCAUGCUUCACUGCUUAGGAUCAUGAGCAGUUCCUUUCCUUCUCCAUACUCUUCUCUUUCCAUAACUCUGGUACAAGUUGAUCUUGAUCUCAUCUGUCCAUAGGAUGUUGUUCCAUCACUGUGAAGGCUUUUUCAGAACUCUAAUCUGGCCUUCCAGUUUUUGAGGCUCACCAAUGGUUUACAUCUUGUUGUGAACCCUCUGUGUUCACUACGGUGAAGUCAUCUCUUGAUUAUUGAUUCUGACACACAUACACCUACCUCUUGGAGAAUGUUAUUGAUCUGGCCAACUGUUAUGAAGGGUGUUUUCUUCACCAGGGAAAGAAUUCUUUGGUCAGCCACCACAGUUGUUUCUGUGGUCUUCUGGGUCUUUUGGUGUUACUGAGCUCACUGGUGUGUUCUUUGUUUUUAAGAAUGUUCCAAACAGUCAUUUUGCCCACGCAGUCAUUUUGCUGUCUCUGAGUUUUUUUUAUUUUUCAGCCUAGUGAUGGCUUGCUUGACUGAUAGUGACAGCUCUUUAAAUCUCAUCUUGGAGUUGACAGCAACAGAUUCCAAGUGCAAAUAGCACACUUGAAAUGAACUGUAGACCUUUUAUCUGCUCAUUGUAAUUGGGAUAAUGAGAGAAUAACACACACCUAGCCAUGGAACAGCUUAGAAGCCAAUUGUCCAAUUGCUUUUGGUCCCUUAACAAGUGGGAGGCACAUAUACAAACUGUUGUAAUUCCUAUACCGAUCGCCUGAUUUGGAUUUAAAUACCCUCAAAUUAAAGCUGACAGUCUGCAGUUAAAGCACAUCUCGGUUCAUUUCAAAUCCAUCGUAUUAGUGUAUAGAGUCAAAAAUGUUAGAAUUGUGUCGGUCCAAAUAUUUAUGCACUUAACUGUAUAAAAUAUUAGACAUGUAUGUAACAUAUUUUUCGAAAUAUUGCAAAAAUGCACAUUUAAUUUUUUUUUCAAUCAUUGGAAUUUGAAAUAUGUACAUAUAUGGCUAAUAUAUAAAUGUAUAGCUAAUAUAUUUGAACAUAUAUGAACAUAUAGAAAUUCUAAUGGUUGACAAAAAAACUUUUGCGAUAUUUCAAAAUAAGUUAUAUAUUAUAUAUAUUUGUGUUUGUGAAAUCCAAAUAUGAACUUGUAUGUUAUAUACAGUAUGUCAUUUUCAUAUAUCACUUUUAUGUCAGAAAUGGAUAUAAUCUGUUUUUUUUUUCCAGUAGACUUUUCAAAAUAAGCAUAAAUAAAUCCAAAGGUUGCAAUUUAAGCCAGUCAGAUGAAAUUCAUGUGUUCGCCAUUUUACAGUAUCCAUCGUCCCUUAAUCAAAACAAUCUUCUUCGUCUCUUCAUCACAUUUAUUACCCAUUUGUGAUGUUUCUAAUAACAUUUUCCCAGCCAGGCUCAAACAUUUACUCUCAAAUGUCUCUUGAGUUGAAGGUUAACUUGUUUUGCAGACGUCCAUGUUUUUUCACAGUGUUGUUUGCACAUGCAGAUGUUCGUGUCUUUGCUCUUUCUGUUCACUGAUUGGGUGGCGAGUGGUAGAUGAGAACUAUUGACUUUUUUCUCUUAUGGUCCUGUGAAUCUCUGCUCUGGUUUUGGAGACUGCACUUUAUUCUCUUUCCCUUCUUUAUGUCUUUUUCUCUCUGGCCUGGAUUUUUACCCCAAAAGUGUCUGUUCUGAUGAGGUUUUAGGCCUCAUGGGUUUGUGUGAGUGUGUGUGUUGUAAGUGUAUGUAUGUAUGUAUGUGUUUGUGUAUGUGUUACCUGAUCAGGUGACAUCACUCUUGCCGUGGGUGGCGAGAGCGUCAAUGCAUUUAUAUUGUACCAGGUGAAAGAUGGAAAACAAUACCUGGCAUAAAACAGCCAUCUCUGCUGAUACUCUGCAGAAAACACAUGGAAGAUAUUGUAAUAUAAGACAUACAAAAAAUGUUUAGAAAAAAUAUAGUUGUUUAUUUUAUAAGAUGUCAAAUAGAUUUAAAUAAAUUUAUAUACAGUGUAUGAUCUGAAAGUAAAAAAGAGGUAUUUUGUAACAGAUUAAUUAUUGAAGUGUCUUAUUUUGGGGGGACGUAAAGCUUUCUGUUUGUCAGUUCAGCGAGUUGAUGUUGCACAGUCCAUGAUUUAUGGCUUGUUUGUCCUUCUACUCUUCUAUGUACAUAUACCAACACAACAAGCUUUAACAUAUUGUUAAUAAUGUUUUAAAAGAAAUUAAUAAUAAAAAAGUUUACAUUCUGAAA